AUGGCGACGUCGACCGUCGCCAGUUCCGCCAGCGCGGUAUACCUUCUCCUGUAUCUCACUUGCAUCAUUUCCAUCGUAUCCGCUGAGGCAGCUACUACGACUCCGAUGCAAACCCUGCCCGAUUAUUACGAACCAUACACUAUGGCCCUUACUCUUAACUCCGCGUCUGGUCCCGUUCAAGUUGAUUACAAGGUUGCGCCUUUAACGGCAGAGGCAGGUUUGAACCAAACAAACGAGAAUACUCUAGAGGCAUUCAAUGUCCAAGGCCGAAUGGUGAUCGUAGACCAAAGCAAUUAUAAUAAACUUGAUGACAGUAUCAAAGACGCCAUGACCUAUAUAUCAUGCGAUGCGACUACCAACGACUCUUACCUCACUCCUAACGAUGUCUUGAAUUCGGUUAUGACUAAGCAGCCAAAAGCUAUAUUGCUGUUUAGCACUUCCGAGGGAACAUAUUGCUCUCUGGAGGGAUCCGAUCUUUCAUUCAAAUCUGUCUGGACUAUGACCGAUCAGUCGGAUGCUUGGGAAAUCAAGAAUCAGACUGUCGAGUCUACCGUAGUUCGUGGGACAAUAUCGGGGACUAAUGCCGAUGGAGAUUCUGAUAUCGGUCAAUCACAGGGUGGGAACAACUCGGCAGUUGCAAUGAGCAUUCUAUAUAGUAUCACUGGUUUGAUUACUCUGCUAUUUCUCAUUAUUAUUGCCACCGGAGCGAUCCGAGCACACCGUCAUCCCGAAAGAUACGGUCCGAGAGCCAGCUAUGGCGGAAGGCCAAGACAGAGCCGAGCGAAGGGUUUAGCACGAGCUGUUCUGGAAACGCUCCCUAUCGUGAAGUUUGGAGAUCCUCAGCCUGCAAAACCGGAUCCAGAGAACGAACUUGAGAGUAUUUCGGGAGACCAGCAGCAACAUUCAUCGUCUCCAACGCAGCGUGAGUUAUCAUCGAAUAACGCAGAGCAAGGCGGGUCAUCCCCAGAUGCAGCAGCAACAGCUAUUUCCAAUCCUACUACUGAAACUCCAGGCGCUGGCUUGUCGGAAGAUAACAGGACCAAUAAUGGGCUAACUGAAAACGAUCACCUUGGCUGUUCUAUCUGCACAGAAGAUUUUACGGUUGGACAAGAUGUGAGAGUGCUUCCUUGCGACCAUAAAUUUCAUCCUCAGUGUAUCGACCCGUGGUUGGUUAACGUGUCUGGUACCUGUCCUUUAUGUCGACUCGACCUCCGCCCACACGAGGAGGAGGAAGAAGACGGCGAAGGUGUUUGGGCAUCAGCUCAUCCAGAUACGGUGAAUAAUGGUCCCGUUGACAAUCACUUAGCUCCUCCACCUGAGGAUGAGGUAGACGCAACGCAAAGACGACGGAGGUCACGACUUCUAGACUGGAAUGGGCUGCGCCAUGCUACUGUCGACGAGCGUAUUCAGGCUCUUAGACAGUAUCGGCAGACACAGGGAGCAACUUCUGGCAAUGGUUCGGCCGAGGACCAAAAUCGACAUGCGAAAUUGUCAGACCGUCUACGAGAGAAGUUUCAUAUUCGUACGAGAGCUCACCCUCCAAGUGACCUACCAUCCACAAGCCAAUAA